AUGUUAUCAUCAUUAUCAUCAAAUAAUAACAAUAAUGAUUCAAAUAUCAUUGAUUUAUUAUAUCGUUUAUGUAAAGAAAAUGAAAUAGAAAAAGUUCAAAAUAUUUUACCAUUUAUUGGUAAUAUAAAUAUUGUAAAUAAAAUUCAAAGUUCAACUGGUUCAACCUGUUUGCAUGUGGCAUGUUAUUAUGGACAUCGAGAUAUGGUUAAAAUUUUAUUAGAAUAUGGUGCUGUACAUUCCAUACGAAAUUUACGAUACAAUCUAACACCUUAUGAAGAAGCUUAUACAGAUGAUAUAAAAGAAUUAUUUGCCGAACAACGGACAUUAUUUUCAAAUAAUAAUGAUUAUGAUUAUAUUGAAUGGUCAGUGAUAGGAGAUGAUCUCCUUGAAAAACGACGUGAAUUUCGUCAAGCUAUCGAUUUAUACAAAACUUAUGACAAUCAUCAUUUAGUAUCAAAAUUAUUAGCUGAAGUUAUUCAUUAUUAUCUAAAUGAAUAUCUGAUAAAUGAAAAUAACAAUACUAGCAAUUCAAAAGAUAAUAUUACUCGUGAACAAAUUGCAACUAUUGAAGGAUAUUUUAAAGAAGCCAUAGAAAAACAAGAUUAUUUAACAUACUUUAUCAAAGCUUAUACAUUAACCAAUUUUUUUUAUAAAGUAUUAAAUAAAGAUUUAGCUCUGUAUAUAUUAGAAUAUUUCGAUGAAACAAAAACUUUUUCAUCGAAUUAUCGUCUUGUAAAUUGCCUUGUUCACCUUGUUACACUGUUAAUUUAUCAUCCAAAUUUACCUCUAUAUCAAUAUCAAGGUAUAUGUUAUCGUGGUAUGAGAAUAACAAACAAUGAUUUAGAUCAAUAUCAAUUAAAUCAUCACAUUUUAAAUCGUGCAUUUUUAUCAACAUCUAUUGAUCGUCAAGUAGCUGAAAUGUUUGCUGGUGAAGGUCAACAAUCUCACAUGAGAUAUACUCCUAAAAAUCAUUGUGUCUUACAAUAUUCAUGUUUAUGUAAAUAUUUAAUAAAACAAAAUUCAACAGCUAUUAAUAUACAAAGUUUAUCAACAAGACCCCAUGAAAAAGAAAUUUUAAUUAUUCCAUUUACUGUUUUUAAAGUAACGGCAAUUAAACGAAAUUAUCUUGAUGAUUCAACAGCAUCAAUUUCAAUUGAAAUUGAUUUAGAAGAAUGUGAAGAUCCAAAUGAUGAUAAAAAUGAAUUAGAAAGUAAUAAAACAUCGAGAUCAUCAUCAUUAUCGUCAUCUGAUGAUGAUAUCAAAGAUACUGAAGAAUAUGUAAAAUUUAAACAGCGAAAAUAUCUUCUUUAUGGCAUCAUUGGACUUUUGAUAUUAGCUAUUCUUUUAGGUUUAACCUUUACAUUCAUUUUUACUCUUGGUAUUAAAAAAAAUUCAACUGAAUCAGAAAAAGAUGAUAUUAUCGAGUACCAAUUACCAUCAGAAGUACAAAAUACACAUUUUUUAUGUAUAUUUCUUGUAGUUUGUCCGAAUAUAUUAAAUCGAUCUAGUUGGAAUGCACGUCCGUAUAACAAGCGUGAUCGUCUAACAAAAUUACCGGUUACACAUAUUGUUAUACGACAAGUAGAAGAUUUGAAACCAAUUAUGAAUCAACAAGAUUGUACUAAAGCGAUAAAAGACCUUCAAAAUUUCCAAAUGGAUAUACGAGGUUGGGAGGAUAUUGGCUAUAGUUUUCUUAUAUGUAAUGACAAUAAUGACCAACAACACAUUUAUAGAGGUAGAGGAUGGACAUAUAUCGGUGCACACUGUAUUGGUUAUAAUUCCAGAUCAUUGGGUAAAAAUAGGUUUCGUUUUUGUACUUUCUAA